CCCAAGCGCGUCAUCCCCCUCUACCAGUGCUUCACCGUGAGCCGCCGCGCCGACGCCAAGCACAAGCACAUCAUCGCCCUGUACACCAAGGACGAGUACUUUGCCAUGCUGGCUGAGAACGAGGCCGAGCAGGAGGCCUGGUACCAGGCCAUCAGCGAGCUCAUGAGCCAGAGCAAGAGGGGCUUCCUGGAGCAGGAGGACCACGCGGACCAGCAGGUGGAUGAGGACGAUGAGCACUACGGGGCCACCCUGAGGCCCGGCACUGUGUUCAAGGAGGUGUGGCAGGGCAAAGCGAAACCCAAAAGGGGGGGGGUCAACGUGAAGCCCAAAGGGUUGGGACAAACCAAAAACCUCACUGGAGUGUACAGGUUGUGCCUCUCCAGCAAGGCCAUUCACCUCGUCAAGCUGAACUCAGAGGUGCCCUCUGUCCACCUGCAGCUCAUGAACAUUCGUCGCUGCGGACACUCAGAGAACUUCUUUUUUAUCGAAGUGGGCAGAUCCGCCUCUAUUGGGCCUGGAGAGCUCUGGAUGCAAGUGGAUGAUUCAGUGGUUGCCCAGAACAUGCAUGAGACUUUUCUGGAGACCAUGAAAGCUCUAAAGGCCUUCGCAGAGUUCAGGCCCCGAAGCAAGAGCCAGUCUUCUGGCGGUGGCAGUGGUACCAAUCCCAUCUCCUUCAUCACCACCAGGAGACACUUGGGCAACCUGCCCCCCAGCCAGACAGGCCUGCAGAGAAGAUCUAGAACUGAGAGUGUUGCCGGAGGGACUCCUCCCACCACCAAAAGCAACAACUCCUAUCGCUUCAGAACGUCCAGCGAAGGAGAAGGAACCAUGAAUAGACCUUUUAGGUCAGUGACUGGGAGUCUGAUCCACCUGAAUACUGCGAGGAUGAAUUUGGGCCGGCAAGAAGGGAGUGGAAGGUACGUGAGAGCAGCUUUUAGCUCGUCUUACCACACCAGGUCUGCUUCACUGCCUGUUUCUCAUUUUCCCUCCACUACAAGUCCCAUCAGUGUCUCUUCCAGUAGUGGCCAUGGCUCUGCUUCGGACAUGCUGACUAGGCCUUCCAGCUCAUCUGUUUGUGGUUCCCCAAGCGAUGGGGGAUUCAUCUCUUCUGAUGAAUAUGGCUCCAGCCCUGGAGAUUUCAGGUACUUUCGAGUCAGGAGUAACACACCGGAUUCCCUGGGAAACACACCACCUAUCAGGGAGGAGAACUGCCUGAGUGAGUACAUGUCCAUGAGUAAGCAACAGGUAGACGAUGGCUCGAGAGAUGAUUAUAUGGAGGCUGAAAAGUGUUUCAGGAAAAGAACUUACUCUCUAACAAAACCAACUUCUGUAGCAGUGCAGCAGAAGACAACACAAACUACAGCUUUGUUAGAUGAAGAUGCUGCAGGAAAUCAUGGACGAUUACUGUACUCUGAAACACCAAAAUUGAAAGAUAACCAUGAAUUGGAGUACAGUGGCACUAACCUUGAUUCCGUGUGUAACCAAAGUAGGAGUAAAGCCAGGGAUGAUGGAUACAUGCCAAUGAUGCCAGGAGUUGCAUCUUCUCUGUCCAGCACCAGCGAUUAUUUGCCAAUGACUCCUAAAAGCAUGUCUGUUCCCAAACAGAUUAACAACUCCUGGUCACCAUCUCAGGUGGACUCCCGAGGAUAUAUGAUGAUGUUUCCAAAGGCUAGCUCCUCACCUGUUCGGAGUCCUUUAACUGGAUUUGUGUCUAAAGGAAGUAAUGAGAAGAUUGUAAACAAUGAGUAUAUGGAUAUGUCACCUGGGAAUUCGGCUCCAAAGCACCCUGGUGAUUCAAAUUAUAUUCACACCACUUCUGUUUCCAAAGGUUUUAGCUCAUAUUUUUCUUUGCCGCGAAGCUUUAAGGCAUUAUCGGGACAAAAUGGUGACCACAGCGAAUAUGUUCCAAUGUCUUCACCUGGAAAACUUUUGUAUGGUGGACCAGAAAAUGUAAAAGGGGUCAGCAGCGAGACUCUGGCUAAUGGCAUCUCCAAACUGCCGACGGUGAAAGGCUCAGAUGAAGGACUUGUGCAGAACAGGGCUGCCAGGCCCACCAGACUGCCCCUAGGGACGAGGGGCAGCAAUACCAUCCCCAGGAUGUAUGAUCGUACAGUGCCACCCGAGCCAGCGAGUCCUGGUGAAUACAUAAAUAUUGAUUUCAAUGAAAAGGCAAGUAACACACCCUAUUCCCUUUCUGCAGAGGGGUCACCAUCAUCUCUAGGCUCAAGCAGUGACCACAGACAGUCCCCACUCUCUGAUUACAUGAGUGUGGACCUGGAUGUACAGUCACCGAAAGUAGCGAAGGAACUGUCGAACUCCCUAACAGAUAUUUCAAUUUAUGCAAGUUCCAGUAUUCCUAGAAACCAGUCAAAUCCUGACUACACCAGGCUCUCGUUUGGUACUGCUUGUGUGAGCACUGCGAGUAACAGGACUGAUGACUACACCGAGAUGACCUUCAACAUGGCAGCAACACCUCCUCGGCCGUUCGCCGCCGAAUCCGACAACGGUGUAAAGAUGGAUAGUCCGUCCUCCAUCGUUAAUAGACUCUGCAUUGUUGAUCGCUAUGCUGGAAGCAGUAGCUUCUCUGUUCCUAGCUCUGACCCUCCUAUGGGACCGAAAGUGAUUCGAGCCGACCCUCAAGGCAGGAGGAGACACAGUUCUGAAACCUUCUCUUCUGCUGGGACUGUGACCACCUCAUCCUCUUUCUUUACUGAUAGUAGCAAAAGACACAGCUCUGCCUCAUUUGACAACGUGUGGUUAAAACCGGAUGAAAACAUUUCUGAUGGUCAGGAAAGAAAAAUGUCCAGGGAUACCUCAACUGGAUUUCAGAAUGGCUUAAACUACAUCGCUCUGAAUUUGCGCGAUGACCCUAUAAGCUGUGAGGCAAGUACUGCAGCACCAACUUGCCACCUCCAAAAUGGUACUUCAGGUUUGGACAGCGGAGCUUACGUAAGCAUAGAUUUCAGCAGAUCCGAUGGGCUGAAGUGUAACGCCGCUAGAAAAGGUUUGUAG